GCUUGAGCCUGAAGCGCGGACAAACCUUUCGGGCGGCGCCAUUUUGUUUUCCUUGCCCGCGGUGGGACGGCGGAUCUGCUCUGACCGAGCUCCCAAGAUUUACCAGCCGAAGCCCAGGCGCAAAAGGCAAACGUGUAGCAUUAAAGCAGAGUGACUGUUUUCCGCUACUGGAACUGAACUCGGUUCACAGUCCUUUCACACGCUCCAGGUAUGUUUCUGACCAUUGCACGGCUUCGAAACCGCAUUCAUGGGAGUCAGUGGAUUGGUAAACACAGACGGCCGAGGUUCGUUACAGAGAUCAUGAAGAAGGGUAUCAUUAAGAGGCUGGAAAGGGAAGCUGAAAAUGAAUAUUGGCUGAGCCGGCCAUAUAUGACAAAAGACCAGGAGUAUCGCCACAAUGUAGAACGCAGACAUUUAUGUUGGGAAAAAACAAUGGCAGCAAAUAGAGCUAAGUUUCCAGAGCACAAGUAUGCUACAGAACAUCUGGGUCACCUUAAUGUGACCAAGAAAUGGACAGAAGCUUGAAAAACGUAAGUUGGCGUUCAGCUGGACUGCUUGCAAUUGCUGACAGUGGCAACCACCAGUUAUGUAAGGCGGCUUGUAAAUAAAUGUAUUACUCUUCA